UUUUGCUCCAUCACAAAACAUUAGAAAAAAAUAAACAACACUUAAGAAAAAAAGUUUAUAAGAAAAAGGAGAGAGACAAUGAAUAAUUCUGCUACAACGAAUGAAGAAGGAGCUAUGAAAAAAGAGGGAGAUUAUCACACAGUAAAAGUAAGCGAUCUCUUCUCUUGGCCAGGCACGACGAACCAUGAAGAAAUCCUCAGGCGUGAUGAAGAGCGUGUGAAACACUUGCAGUCCAUGUUUGCCGAAGAACAAACCAGGUUGAGGGAGUCCAAGGAUGUGACGGAUGUGGCUGUUAAAAAGUGAUUCAACUUUGCAUUGA